UCUCUUCUAUCUUCAGUCUUACAUAGAUCGUAUUUGGCUUAAAAUACGUGAAAUAGCGAAGUUUAUGAUCAGUCCUGGCGUUUUCUUUACCGACGGGGAAUGCAAACCCAAAGCGCCGUAAACAUUGAGAUGCAUGUGACUUAUCAGGACCACGUAUGAACCAGUGUGAACCAGGCUUGUCACUGUUGUAAAGAUGUGUCCAGUGACAGGCCUCCUGGUGCUCACUCAGCCAGCAGGCAGCAUUGUAGCCAGACUCCCCAGGGUGCUGAGAGCAGCCUCCCAGCAUGUGACUAAAACACUCUAUAUCCACCUUGACCCACAAGCUAAAACUCAUCUGCCAGAAAGCAUCCGGCCACUCACCCUCUACAAUCACAUCAUCUCAAGCAUCUAUGGCCGCAGUGGUUCACUUUGCCAUGGCCUGGAUGUGCGAGUGUUGUUGGCUGGCUUUAAGGACUCCAUUCCCAGACCACCUAGAACUCGACUCCCAGUGGAUGUGUUGAUCCUGGAGGGCACAGGGCAGGAUAGGGAGAGGCAUUACAGUAGCUGUCUGGCUGCUGGUGGGCAAGUGGUGAUGUUGCCUGAAGCACAAGAGAAGAGGGAAGGUGGAGAUAACAUGAUCCUUCCUGUUUCUCUUCCAACAGACAAGGUUUAUCCUAAUGUAGUGUUGGGUGGCACCUUUGACCGGCCACAUGUUGGCCAUCUGGUGAUGUUGUCAGCAGCGCUGCUGCGAUGUAAUGGCCGGCUUGUCUGUGGGAUGGCUGAUGGACCCUUGCUCAGGAAAAAAACACUGACUGAGCUGAUCAGACCCCUUAAGGAGAGGAUGGCUGGCUUGGCCCAGCUGGUGGAGGAACUGGACCCCAGUGUUGAGCUACAUGCCGUUCCCAUUGAGGAGCCCCUUGGCCCCACAGCAUGGGACCCCAACAUGGACAUGAUUGUGGUGAGUGAGGAGACAAAGGGUGGUGUGGCAGCAAUCAAUCGUGUCAGGGAAGAGAAGGGUCUGCCACUCUUAGAGGGCCAUGUGGUGACCCUGGUAGAGGAUGAGGAGCGACAGUCCGCUGAAGAGGAAACCAAGGCCAGUUCCUCCUCAGGAAGGAUGCGGCUUCUUGGCACCAUCCUGCAGGAGCCCACACCCAACCCUGCCAUCCCUGCCCAGCCCUGUGUCAUUGGUCUCACCGGAGGCUCUGCCAGCGGCAAGUCAAGUGUUGCCCGGCGGCUGGCAAGGCUCGGUGCAUCUGUGGUGGACUGCGACAAGCUGGGCCAUGAAGCUUACCUCCCAGAGACAGCAUGCCAUAAGGCACUAGUGGAUGCCUUUGGCUCAGAGAUUGUAGGUGAGGAUGGUCACAUCAACCGGAGAGCACUGGCAGCAAGAGUGUUCAACAGUGAAGCAGCAAGGCAGCAGCUAAACAGCAUUGUGUGGCCAGAGAUUGAGCGGCUGGUGGAGCAAAGGGUGGCCCAGCUGAGGGCGGAGGGGACGUCAGUGGUGGUUCUGGAUGCUGCAGUGCUGCUGGAAGCUGGGUGGGACAAACUUUGUCAUCAGGUGUGGGUGUGUGUGCUGCAGCGAGAGGAGGCAGUUCGUCGCAUCACAGAGCGAGAUGGCAAGACCCCGGAGGAGGCUGAGCGACGGCUAGACUCACAGAUGGCACAGAGACAAAUGGUGGGAAGAGCAAACGUGGUCUUCUGUACACAGUGGGCGGGGGAGUACACCCAGAAGCAAGUGGAGAGAGCCUGGGCUGCCCUCACUGCCCACCUGGCCCAGAGCAAAGUUGCUGCCACCACCACCACGAACCAGACUGCUGCUGCCCCUCCCAAGGCACGUGUCUAGCAAGGCUCAGGUGCUGUCCUUUGUGCCUUAAUGCUGUAGCCAGGAGGUGGUGGGUCAUGGGCUAGUUUGGGUACAUGCAGUAGUUGAAUGUUGUAAUUUUUUAGAGAUAAUUUCUGAAAUGCCUUUUUUAUCUUAAUAUUUUCAGAAUUGAUAUGUUUUAGUGUGGGUUGUAGUACAGUAAAUCCUCAGUAUAGCAGAUAUUGGAUAUUAUAAACCCUUUAAACAUACUGAAGAAGACUUAAAUUUAAUUCAUCUUAGAUUGUUUCAAGCAACACUUCACACACUGGUGAAACACUGACAAAAUCUGAAUGAUGUGCAGCAGAAAUAUGUUAUUGGACACAAGGCACAUGGCUGGUGGGCAGUAUCUCUGUAUUCUUCUUGUGUUCUUGCCACUAAGUGUUGCUGCUGUAAGAAUGCAUAUUACUGAAUGAUUAUCAUUAUAGCAGACUGAGUUCACUAAGAAGCCUCUAAUGACUGUCAUAGUGAACUUUUGUUUUGGAUAUAGCAGCCUGCCUUUCUCUCCAGUUAAUUACAUUGAGAGUUCAUUGUUUGUCAAGAAAAAUAUACAUCUAAUUAUGCAGUAAUGUAUUUUUUGUUGUGGAGAGGAGUUAAAUUGGUAAUUGCCUGAGAUGGGGUGCUCAGGAAGGCUGUACACCACUGGCAGGCACUAGAAGAUAACGUUGUACCACAGAGCCUUUCACUUUCUAAGGGAUCAGUGAAGUAAUGAGAACAACCAGAUAGAAUCAGUUUGGACAUGUAGAAAGGAAGUACAGUUGACAAUAGUAAGUAUUGUCGUAUUUUCUAUGUAUUGUUUAGUUCAGCAUCUGACAAAUCCUAUGAGAAUAAGAUUAUAUUUGUGAUUGAUCAUUGUUGAUGUGCUCUGUAUUGUUUGCAAGAUAGAAGUUUGUCAUUUGAGCAUGUUAACCAUUUAUCAAUCUACUUCUCUUAUUUGGGGAAUAUUAUUGGAAAUUUCUACAAUAUCCCUAAAUGCUUUGCUUCUUUAUUCUAAGAUGGAAUACCUUGAUAGUGUAUACACAGCUCUGUAUACACUCAAGUACCAUCAUUUAGAAAGGUGACAUAUUACUUGAGGUCGUGAGAGAACAGCCAUGACCAUGCAUUGGCCUCCAUGGCACCUAAUCUGUUAUAAAGAUUGUGGUGGCAAAGGUGUUUUUCCAGCAUCUUCUUGUCCUCCUUCCAUGGAGUGUAAUAGUUUGGGAGUAUGUCCACAAUGCUUCUCAUAUAGACAACUUUCAUGAAGCCCAACUUGAUGCAAGUCAUCUCCUUGUACUAUACUUGUCCUAUUGUAUGGAUUUUCUUUGUUUAUAUUGCCUUCUUAGCCUGGUUCUUGAUUAUCUGCAUCUACAUUCUAAUGCUGCUGACAGGAGGGAAGACAAGCCUUUGCAGAGGUCAUUACAUCCUCUUUAGUUUAUAAAAGAGGGAAAUAAGCUUCCUGUGUUAAAUUCAAGUGCAAGUAUAUGAAAAUAUUACAUUAUGUCUGUGAUAGCAAGUGUGAUGUUAAGCACUAAGCCAGGUGUGGGUCCCAUGGAUAUCAGGCAUUUUCAAAAUUCCACCUGUGGGUCAAAGUUGCAUUUUCCUCACUUGAACAGUGCUAGUUGCUAAUUGCUAGGAUGUACUUCUACAUUUGCAUAUAACACUAUGCAAUGAUUUAUUUGUCAUGUUGGCAUUAUUGUUCUCAUUAUGUAUCUCUUGUCAGAGUAUUUUUUUUAUUUUGCUAUAAUCUCUUCAUUCUAUUGAAAAUUGUUGUAAUAAUUAGGGUCAUUGAUUUAAAAAAAUAAUGAAAGGAUCUCUUGUA